GAUCCUUUUUCCUCUCCGUUUGGGCCAUCAUGCUCUUCUUGGUCUAUUUUUUGCUCGUGGUAGGGGUCAUGUCACAGAAACUACUUUAUGAACCCAAUGCACCCGAUUAUAAAACACAACGGAUGGCACAAUCUCUUUUUGAUAAGCUGGCACCGGAUCCAUCGUUGUCGACGUUUAUGGACGUUUUGACACAGGUCGAUGACAUUUUCCGCCUGGUCAAUCACUCUUCCUCUGAUCAUGCGCCUCAUGAUGGUCCGGCAGUGAUUACCAUGUUUGUACCCACGAAUGCAGCAUUUCGGUACGGUCGUCAACAAGGAUCAUCGCCAAUGCCGUUCAUGUCGGGUCACCCUAGCGAUUGGGAGGCAUUUUUGAAAUACCACAUUGUUCCUUAUGCGAUAGAGACGGUGGCAAAGGAUCAGCAGGUCAGUACGCUUUUAGGCAAAGACGAAAAGAUUGAUAUCCAUUAUCAUGCGUGGAGUCGACGUGUGGAUUUAAAUCAUGGUACAGCCAAUGUCAUCGAUCACCGUCACCCUGUACGUGCUAUCAAUGGCGUUGCGUUUAAAAUUGAUCGAUUGUUAAAGCAACCUUGAUAAAGGGGAAAAAAAAAGUACCUUUCUAUGUAAAAAAAAAAAAAAAAAAAAAAA